AUGGCGGUGGGCUUUGUGGCCUACAGAGAGCACAGAUAUCUAGACUCAGAGGCACUGGAGGUUUCUGGUUCGCGGGUCCAGUCUGGUGAGGAGAAUUCAGCCAGCAAGCCGACAGGCAGACUGCUCCUCCUGGACCAGCCGGUCCACCAAGAGAGUGCCUUGGAAACCAAGAGGAAGAGGAGCUUCACUGGGGGAAACGCCCCACUCGAUCGCCUAUCUGUCAGCAACAUGGAUGUAAAGGGCAAAAAGAGGAAGGAGGUUGAUUUGCCAAGGAGACGAGUGAGCGCUCCCAUUGACCGGAUCGGGGGAGGGCGACUCCCCAGCACCCGGGGUUAGGACACACUACAGGCUUGCCACAAGGUAGUCCUCCAGAGGAGACUGGAAGAUACAGAAUAAAAGAGUUUUAAUCUACAAAAAACUAUGUGCCCUACCCCGGCCCACUCCCAUAGCACAUACACACUGGCCCAAUCCCAGAGCUCAUACACACUGGCCCACUCAUACAGCUCAUACACGCAGGCCCACUUACACAGGUCAUACACACCAGCUCGCUCCCACAGCUCAUACACACUGGCCCACUCCCACAGCUAUACACCAGCCUAU